CGGAGCGCGGCCGGGAGUCGGGGCGGGAUCGCUCCGCUCACCUGGGCUUGCUCGCUCCGCACGGGCUGCGGGGACCGGCGCUGGCCAGCGGCCGAGGGGCUCUGCCCGUGGGGCGGACUGACGGGCCGGGCGCCCCGGCGAGGACGGCUCCGCGGGGAGAUCGCGGCACCCCCGGGCCCCGCUGAAUCCGCAGGUCUGCCGGAGCUGCGGCCCCGCUCUGGAGUCCGGCAAUGCUCACGGCCGUCUGCGGGUCUCUUGCCAAUCAGCGCUCGGACACGCCGCGCGCCUCCUCUCCGCGCUCGGACCUGCAGCCCCUGCAGCCCUAUCAGCCCCCCGCCAGCUCUGAGGCGGGCAGCGACUUCCCCUCCCCUCUCCAGCCCGCCGAGCUCCAGCACCUGCCCUUGGCGGGCCCCGGGGUGGAGUUCGCGGCUGCCCCUGGCUACGAUCUGCAUGGCUCUUCGAGGCUAGACCUGGAUGGUGACAGCCUGCUGGCCCCCGGCCCGUACUCCAAGCUCCUGCAGCCGCCUCCCGAAAUGGCGCACCCCUACGAGCCCUGGUUCAGGCCCUCGCACCCCAGCAACGCCGCCGAGGAUGGCGGCGUGAAUCCCUGGUGGGACCUCCAUGCCGGAUCCAGCUGGAUGGAGCUGCAGCCGGGUCAGGGCAGCCUGCAAGCCCCUGGCCCCGCGGGCGGACUGCAGCCGGUGCUGGGGGGUUACGGCUCCGCUGAGCACCAGCUCUGUGGCCCGCCGCAUCACCUCCUGCCCUCGGCCCAGCACCUGAUGGGCCAGGAAGGGCUGAAGCCACUCGACUUGCCUCCGGAGCCGCAGGUUCUCGAGCAGGCCGUGGACGGUACCGCUAGGCCAAAGAGCUCGAGGCGAUCGGUGCCCCGGAGCGCCGGGCAGGCAGUGUGCCGCUGCCCGAACUGCCAGGAGGCCGAGAGGGUGGGUCCGUGCCCGGACGGGGCCAAGAAGAAGCAUCUGCACAACUGCCACAUCCCCGGCUGUGGCAAGGCCUACGCCAAGACCUCCCACCUGAAAGCCCAUCUCCGGUGGCACAGCGGGGACCGGCCCUUCGUCUGCAACUGGCUCUUCUGCGGCAAGCGCUUCACCCGCUCCGACGAGCUGCAGCGGCACCUCCAGACCCACACGGGGACCAAGAAGUUCACCUGCCCCGUGUGCAGCCGGGUCUUCAUGAGGAGCGACCACCUCAGCAAGCACAUGAAGACGCACGAGGGGGCCAAAGAGGGAGCGGAGGGGGAGGGCAAGGGCGGGGCAGACCCUCCGGCCAAAGGCAAGAGGGAGCCCGAGGCUGGCAGCUCCAGCCCCGCGACCCAGCCCAACUGAGCCUCUCCCCCUCCGAGAUGCCCCCGCCUCUCUCCGGUACCGCAGGAUGGACGUGCCCUACCCGGCGCCGGGUCUCCCCUGGCAGGGCCGUGGUCCCUGGGCCGGGGCGUACGUGGCUGUGUCCUCUGAGCAUGAAGCUAUUUAUUCUGUAGGAGGAAAGGACGCAAUCUCGGUGCGUUGGGCACGGGGCCUCUCCUCCCCCAGGGGGCUGGGAGGGUCCGGCCUGGGGGCUGGUCUCCUUCCUCUUCCGGUUCGGGCGUUAAGGGCUGAGACCUUUUUUUUGAAGGAUCUGAGUUGAGGAAUUGUGCCGAUGGGGUGGGGGUAGGGGGCAGGAGGGGAGGGGGCAGCCCCAUGCCAAGUGGUGGGGAGGGAUGUCUCCGGUGGAGGCUGGCGUCCCGGAUCCAGAUGCUCCCUGCUGAACAGCAAAGUCAGAGCCUGGAGAACUGUGCUCCAGGCUCAGCUGGCAGAAGAGGCAGGCAAGACACUAUAACCGAGGGUGGUCUUAGGGCCCUCUACCUCCUCCAUCCACUGCCUUUCCCCUCCCCCACCCAAUCACCUCCUCCCCUCCCCCAUCCACCGCCUCUCCUCUCCCCACCCCGGGACCAUUUUCUCCUCUUCCAGCUCCUCACCCCACCCGGCUUCGCACUCUACCCUGCAAAGUGACCCUCCUGGCCCGAUCCCCUUUGCUCCCUGCUGCCCUGCCUGGGAAGCUCCCAGAAGCCGGCUCCUGCCCUGGGGGGGUUUCGCUCAUCUGGCUGCUCUCGCUGGGCUGCAGAAGCUUCCCCGGGGAUCCUCCCGCCCGCCCGCCCCCUGCUUUGUGCUGCUACAACUUCUGGCAUGAGGGAGGCUGCUUGGAAAGAACAUCAAGGGGGACCCGGAGCAGCCAGGGCCCCUCCCUCUCGGCCGCAGCCGUCCAGACACGUCUGGGGCCAAAAGGGGAGAAUGUAACAGCGGGUUGGGAAAGGCUCGUUUACAAGCAGCUUGCCCCAAAGGGAACCCCCUUUAGAGGGGGAGCGGAGGGGUUCACUGCUCUUCCUCCUCCCCCAGCCCCCCCAGCAGAGGAACAGACCCCCGCCAUUCCCCAGGACCUGUAUGAGCUGGGAUCGGCCCUUAGAAUCCAGCCCCGAAGCUGCCGUGGGGCAGAGACCCCUCGGUCUCCGCUGACCCGGCGUGGUGUGGGGCAAAGCUGUCCCUGCCCAGCUACCCGGGGCGGGGGUGGGGGGAGGUUGAGCUGCCCCCACAGGGUGUUCGGGGAGGUUGAGCAGCUGCCGUGUCAUACACCCAGGCGGCGGGCUCCUGCGGGGGUCCCGCUGAGCUGCCCGGCUCAUGGAGUGUAGGGGACAAGCUGGCCCCAGGUGGGAACCUGCCAGAGGCAGGGGCAUUGCACUUGCUUGGUUCUAGGUGUGGGGCAAUCCACCCCCCUCUCCCCCCCGAGUAGCUUAGCCAACCUCGGCCUCUCCUCUCUCGCCACCUCCCAUUCGAAGGCCCCGUGUUUAGCCGUUACAGCCCCGCUCCCGGCUGUCGGUCCCUGCAGCCACUGUGAUGAUCCGCCAAAGGGACGGGGGUUCCCACCCCGCGUCAGCCCAAGCAGGGGGCGGUUCCACAGUGGAGCCCCUGGAUGUUCAGGCCCCCAUGAGUCUGCCUCAGGCGGUUCCCACGGGGGUCCAGGCUCUGCCAUGUGACCUCUGCCCCCUCCUGCUUUUGGCCGCACUGGGAGGACAAUCUUCCCCGGGUGGGGUGGGCGAAUCCAGUCAAGGCUGAGGCCCAGGGACGGGCCGAGCCGCAGAGAAGAGCCUUUCUCGUGGCGGGAACCCACUCGCCCUACGGGGACUGGGGGGGAGAAACCCCGCGAUGAGCCACCUGGGUGUGGGGAGCGUCGCUCUGGGGCGGGGAUGCGGGGGGAAGCCUCGGGGGGGGGGCACUGCGCCGAGGCUGCUGGGCGAGUUGUGCAACGUGCCGGCCUUGUGCGAUUGCCUAACGUGUGCAGCUGCUCCUUUCCCACGCCCACCCCUCUCCCGGCCGUCACCCGCUCUCCCCCGGGGGAGGUGAGCGUUGCGUUGGGAAGCCAGUGGAGCCGGCAGCAGCCGGAUUCCGAUCCUAUGGCCCAAUCGGGCCAGGCAGGGAGGGAGAGGAGCGUCAAACCACCCUCUCCCUUAGCACCUGGGCUGGGUGGGUCUUGUUUUGCACUGGAAGCUGAAUCCAGGCUGCUCUGAGCCUGAUCCCAAGCGCUGCACUCCAGCGAUAUUUAUUAAAUGCCUAGAUUAUCAUUUGUGCUAUGGAAGCUGAUGUGUUGGGAAACAUCCCUAGAAAUUCCACCCUCCCCCCGCCCUGUUGUUCGUUUUUUGUUUUUUGUUAAACUGUUGAUUUUAAACCAGUUUAUCCUGAAGGAAACUGUCUUUUUUUUUUUCUCUCUUGAUCCUAUCCCCCCCCCUUUUUUUAAAUGAAGUAGUUGUUUCAUAUAAUUGUUUUCCUAAAUGUCGGCAGAACCCUCGAGCAAGUCAGACUGGCUCUUCUGCCAGCACAAGUGUAACUGUGGGAAGUGGAGGGUUGGGCCUCUGUCGUUAGAUUUGGGGUGAGGUUUUAAAACACGGCUGCGGCUACCUCUAGAUCCAAAAUUCUGGGGGCCGGAUCCUCAGCUGGCGUCUCUCGGUUCCCCUCCAUUCAGUGGGCUGAUUGACACCAGCCAAGAAUCCGGCCUGGGGAUUUUUCACAGUUGAUAUCAUGGUUUGGCCCGUUAUUAAAACAUGGGGUAAUUUGCCAGAUUCAGAGUGGAGAUUGGAGGCCAAGAAGCCUCUAACUUCCAGAACAUUUGGAGGUUGGAGGAGGUUCAGACCCAUCUCCGAAUAUGAGCCGAGCUCUUUAUCUUAGACUGUUUUAUUAUUAUUAUUUUAUUAAUAUUAUUAUUAAGGUGAAACCAGGCUUUGCCAGUUGGGGAGGAUGGAAGCUUAGAAAGGAAGCUCGUUUAAU